AUGCCCAGUCCGCACCCACCGCCCUCAGGUACUCGACAGCGAACCGAGAGGAUCCCCAAACACCAGCAAAGCUACAAAAAACGCAGAAAGUCCCGUCGUGGCGGGCGUCCAUUGCUCUCGUUUGCAGACCUAGAAUCCCGAAAGAAUGCCCGUCUAGCGAAACGACGCUGGAAAGAACCCGGUGAGGAAGAGGAGGAAGAGGAAGAGGAAGAUGAAGAAACAAGCGAUGCCACUCCACGGCCAAGACGCCACGGCACAUCGCUGCUUGAGCAGCUGCCCAUCGAGCUGAUUGAAAAGGUGUUUCUGUAUGCGCUGGACACCAAUAUGUGUCGCGCGUCUCCCUAUCUCGCGGCUGCAGUGUCGAGCGAGCGAAUCUACCGCACUCUGAUCCGUCUUGCUUUUUGGGAUGGUGGUUCGUCGUCUUCUUCCUCUCCGGGGAAGGCGACAUCAUCACCGCUUCAAAAUGCAGAUGUGAGGAACUGGCUGGAAAAGACACUGCAGCCUGCAGACUAUGGAAUGCGUCUCGACGACGCCGAACGUGUGCAUCUGCAGACUACUAUAUUACGAUGUAAAUGGUGCACCAAGGCCCGCCUAGAAGCCCAACUCCCGACGCUGAUGCACAUGGCCAUCCAGCGACACUGGUUUGGCGCGGGGAUCACCAUGUCCGAUCCUGCAGACCAGGCAUCUCUCGACCGUUUCUUGACCAGAAACGAAGACUCGAAGCUGUAUGAAGGUGUCUUAUCAUCACCACAAUCAUCAUCCCUCAACGACGACAACGACGACGACAACACGUACUACAUGUCCAUCAUCCCACUUGUCUCAGUGAGCAUAAACUGCGCCGAGAAAAACAUCCGCCAAGUGCAUCGCGUCCUCAACCUGCGCGUGUUUCCGGAUCACUUACUACGCGGUAGCAGAACCACAGGCUUCUCCGACGAAACCAUCAACCUCCUAGAAACAUUCCGACGCGCAUACGGGUUCGACGGAACCGGGCACGAUGUCUCUUUGUCUCGCGAUGUGCUGCAGCAAGGGAUUCGAAACGCCCUCGCCACGCAAAACGCGCGCGCAUUGACGACGCUACUCAAAAUCGACGAGUUUUUUAUGCGUCGACGACUCGAGACGAGCUCCUCCUCCUCCUCUUCCUUUUCCGCCGCUUCUUCGACGGAAUACUAUGUUCUUCCGACAGAGCAUUUUGUCGCAGCCGUGAAGCUUCAACCUGCCCUAAAUGCAAUCGAUCUUUUUAAACUUCUUCUACGCUGUAAUGCAGAGAGCGUGCCGCCGGAUUCCGCCGAGGUAACCCAAUGGGCGAUGGACUUGUCAGAGGGCUAUCAAGGGUCCGAGCAUGUCGGGUUUGGUCGGUGGUUACUGGAUUUUAUGGUAGAGUUGCCGCGACAUAUCGACGGGGCGCGGCAGAGGCCUAGCGAAGAGGCCCUGUUUUACUACGGCGCUGUAAAUUUGCAGAGUCGGGCUGGGAGGAGAUUUAUAGACGAGGUUUGUGCCGGUGCUCCAGGAGAAUGGCAACAAACCUGGAUACAAAAAGUCUCAUUUGAUAUUUCCAAGACAUGGCUUGUACCAAUUGUGGAUAUCCAAGAAUAA